AUGGCAAAGAACUCAAGUUUAAUUUUCCUAAUGAGUUCUCCCAAAGUGUUAAGCAGCAUUGGUUUUUUUAUAUUCGUCAAAUAGAUUGGAUUGUUUUCCUUUCCAAUCCAUCACCUGUCGCAGAGAUAAACACGCCAACCUGUCAACACAAUAAUGAGACCUUAUCGAAAAGCUUUUAUCAAAAUUCUCUAAGAUAGUCUAUGAUUUUCUCGACGAAUGGUCAAUUACGUGCCGGGAUUAAUGGAAAUAGGAACUCCUUUGUUUUCGUGAGAUGAAGGCCUCAAAAUGUUCCGUCGGAAUUCUGCGUUGCAUGUCCAUAUACGCCAGAUAUAUGGGCUUAGUCUGCUUUCGAUUUAGAAAGCAGAAGGAUAAUCAUAUGUUGAUGGAGGAAAUUUGGAGUAAUAGUUCGCGUUGGAAGUGGAUUUCUGUUACCUUGAGACUGGUGCCACUCUGCAUCUAUGUAUAUACGUAUGCUGAAUGGAUCUGUGGCAGAAUGCUAAUCAGUGAAAAAAUGCUGCACUUGACUUGUCUUGGGAUUUCGAUACCCUGCUAUUUGUCAAUGAUUUACUUGAAGAUCUGUCAUGGCCCAGAAGUGACACAGUUGGUUAACCAAUUUCUGGACAUAUUUCGCCUGCAGAGAUCUUUGCACAUCCGCGGAGGAAGAAGUCAAUUUGGAGGCGGUAGAGAGUUGUUUCUUAUCAUUCUCUCAGUUUUUUGUCAAGCUCAAGAAUUUCUUUUUAUCAUGGUGAUAGCACGCGAACUUCGUGGUCUUAAGCAUAUUAUUCAGUGGGUUUGCUGCACAUAUGUGAAUAUCAUCGCUUAUUCGAUCAUGUGCUUUGCUUUCAUCUGGUACCUAAGCCUGGGUAUUCUGUACGCCGAGCUAAACGAAAAUCUGCGUUUUGAGUCAAGUUUACAUACGGCAUCCUCAAGGAAAGAACAUAAAGCUAGGGUACAGAAAUCGAUGGCACUUUUCAAGGAGAUAUCCACUGUAGUUAGCUCCUUGCAGGACAUUUUCGAUGUUCACCUAUUUUUGUGCGCACUCCUGACUCUCCUGCAAGUGCUCAUCGCUUUGUAUAAAAUGAUCAACGAUUUGGGCUUUUCUGACUUCUGGGUUUGGUCGAUGUCUUUUAAAAACUUACUGCUAACGCUCCUUCCUGUUUUGGCCAUUCAAGAAGCAGUCAAUCAAUUUGGCCAAGCUCGGCAACGAGCUCUGGAUAUUUUCUUUGUUGGCAAGUCAAAAAACUGGAUCAAAUCGGUGGAAGUGUUUGUUAGCCAACUGAAUCUAAACGAGUUCAGAGUUAACUUGUUGGGCCUCUUCAAUGUGUCCAACGAACUGUUUCUGGUCAUUGUAUCUGGAAUGGUUUGCUAUCUGGUUUUUAUAACACAAUGUGUAAUUCUGCAUCGCAGACGUAACUUUUAUUUGGGAAUUUCAGAAACCAACUAAAAGAAGUGAAAUAGCUUAUAAACAGUUGAAUUUAGAAUUGUUAACUUAUGUUAUGUUAACUUUUAAUAACCAAUGUCAAGCUUAUUAAUCGACCCAAUCCAAUUAUCAUUAUUGACUUAAGGCAAAGCAUAACAUUUAUAAAGUGGCUCAAGUAAAUAAACAAACCAAGCUUGUAUGGAAAAUAAAGUAUAUUAAUGAAUCACUAAGCUA